AUUAUAUAAUAAAAAUGGCUUUAUGGAAAAUAUUUCAAAAGGCAGGUUAAAAAUCUACAAUGCCUGCUCUGUUUAAAGAGACUUUAUUUGAAAAACCAAAUGAAUUUUAAUAUAAAGUGAAAAAUAUAGCAAUAAGUUAUGAAACAUCAUCUUGGAUGUUAAGAGAAGGUAUAGUAGAAUACAAUCCAAAUAAAUGGGGAUAUGUUUUAAGUAAAUCUCAUAGAGACUUUAAUGAUUAUUGGACAAGAAGUAUAUAAAAAUAAGAUUAAUAGCAAUGUUUACAAGAUGUGGAUUAUUUUUGACAGCAUGUUGGUUAUUUAGCUGCUUAUAUACAAAACCAAGAUUUGAUUGGUAAGAUUAUCAUGAUCCAAAAUUUGAAUAGAAGACUUACGGUGAUUUAGAGGAAGGAGGUGAUGAAGGAGGAGAUGAUGAUUGAAAUAUAAAUGAGAAAUAUAAAUAAAGAAUAAAUAUUAGAUAAAGAUCCUAG